UUUUUCGGUUGUGUUUUCUAUUCGCGGAUUUGCCACUGUUACAACCCUUGUGCAGUUCCCGCGUUUACGAGGCAGCAACCCUUUAAAUCCAAUCGAAAACCCCAUAUUAUACUGUCAAGAAAAUGGCAAAAUCGAAUGUCUCAGACUCAGAAACUGAAGAGACAAACUCAGACUCAGAGGAGUCCCCGGCGGAGCCCCAAAGAACAGGAAAACUCACUGAUUAUGAGAAACAAAGAAUGAAGAGAAUCGAAGAAAACAGAGCAAGAAUGAAGGCUAUGGGUCUGCACAAAAUGGCAACUUCUUUGAUGGGUGCUUCCCCAAAACCCCAGAAGAAAGACAAGGACAGAAAGGGGAAAAAGAAGGUGGUUGAUGAAGAUGAAGAUUACGAGCCAGCUCAAAGUGAGGACGAAGAUGAUGAUGGGAAUUUUGAAGUUCCAAAGUCCCAAUUGAAAAAGUCAAAGAAAAAAAUUCAAACAACUCAGAAGAGAGUGUCUAACACAACGGUACCAACUGACAUGGAUUUUGUCGACGAUGAUGUUGCCUUAAUGCAGGCUAUUGCUUUGUCCCUACAAGAUUCAGCAGGUUUUCUGAAUCUUGCAAAUAAAGUGCCUAUGCAAGGCACUGAUGCAGAUUCCACUAAAAAGGACAGCAACGAAAAAGCUUUCUUGAAAAAGGUCAGCAAUGAAAAAGCUUCUUUGAAAAAGGCCAGUAAUGAAAAAGAUGUAGGUACCUGCAAUCAGGAAGAUGUUACUGGGAAAAGGAAGAGAAAACAACAGCAGGCAAGAAAUCGAGAGCAGAUGACUGAGGAUGACUUGAUUAUGCAUUUCUUUCAGUUCGAUGAAGCUGGAAAAGGGAGUAUAAGUUUCAGAGAUCUACAGAAAAUGGUAGUUUCCCAUGAUUUUACAUGGUCAGAUGAGGACUUGGCAAAUAUGAUUCGUUGUUUUGAUUCUAGUGGAGACGGAAAGUUGAGCCUGGAUGAUUUUCGCAAGAUUGUGGUCAGAUGUAAUAUGAUACAAGGUUCUGAAGAUGCUGGUUGAUGAUGCAUCCAAAGAGUAGUUAAAUCUUCUUAAGAAAUAGAGGACUAUGCCAUAUUGGACAUGACUAGCUAAGAAGUUGACAGCGUGAAAUAGAAGGUACUCAGAAUCUUGCACAAGAUAAAUUGACGGUUGCAACAGGGUUCAAAUAAUGGCUUUCGCGCUUGGAUUCAGAAGAAACGUGAUAUAAUGGCUUUUGUUAAGAAUGGAAAGAAAGAAGGGCAGUCCAUUUGUAUACUUUAUAUAUUAGUAGUAGUUAGUUUUUUAUCCUUGUUUUUUCAAUUCGUCCAGCUAGCAUGUUUUCUUCAAGAAGACGAGACACUGGAUAUUGGAACGGGAUGACCUCACAUUAAGUUUCUCUUCAUAGGAGAUCAUGUCCUCCAUCAUCUGUAAGUAAGAGAUUCUUGUUUUGUCAUCUUUCUGAGAGAGUUAUGCUCAUUCUUCUAUAUGCAUUAUUUGUGUAAAUAUAUCAACGCCCCUUCU